CCUCCCCUCUGUGCAGCCAAUCAUGACCGUUGGACCAUACAACGGAACCGUUCAAUCCAAGUCCUUCGUUCAAAAUGCUCUGCAGCAGUAUCUAAAAGAUUUGGACGAGAAAUCUAAAGCCAAGGACUUCUUCACUCAAUUCUACGACGAAAGCAAGCCGCUUAAACCCAGCGAGAUCAACCGUAUUCUCCAGGCUAGUGUUGAUGAGCGUUGGACGAAACCAUCGACAACUAGAGGAGUUCUCUCCGCCGUUGCCGUUGCGCAGAAGGAGCUUGACGGUGUUGCAAAUGCACUAACGCCGCUCGAUCCAACACCUGCGUCGAGCAUAGUGUGGUCUUGCAUUGGUGCCCUUGCAGCCGUUGUUGACCGAUACUACGAGAUCCCUGACAAGAUUGCGGAGGCGCUUGAUGAUCUGAAGGACACUCUUAAUCGGCUGCCUAACUAUGAGCGUCUCUGUCUUUUCGAAGGGUCUUCCGACCUGGAAGAAUCGCUCUGCCAAUCUUACGUGGACAUCUUUUGCUUCUGGAAUAAAGUGUAUGAAGAACUUCGCCGUUCAAAGGCGACGGUGCGGAAUUUUCUCGGAUGGAGGAUACCUGUACCCGUUGGGGACCGGCGCCUUUCUUCCCAGAGUGUUGAACAGCAAUGCUGCCGCUGGGUCUUCGAACACGAUGUAUACCAGGCGUGGCACAAGAGUGAGGAUCCCCCUCCCCGAGCACUAUGGGUGCACGGUCCUCCAGGGUCUGGCAAGUCCGUACUUUGCUGGAGCGUAGUUCGUUCCAUAGAACAGGAGCAGCCCUCUGUCGCAGUGAUCUCCCAUUUCUUCCGAUUCGACCAGAGUUACACCACAUUAGAGGUGCUCAAAUCGCUUGCCGCGCAGCUGUGGGAAACAUGGCUAUCGCGCCACCCCUCUGACUCCGACCUCCUUGAUACCCUCGUUCAUCUCGUAGAGGACAAGACCAUGGAUCCCUUCUCGCAGGUCCUCUCAAUCUUGAAAGCGCUGGUCCAGACUUUUCCCGUAGUAUACUUCUUCAUCGACGGAGUCGACGAAGAAGUGACUAAGAAGACAAGUGCUCGUUCGGAUAAUGAGCACCACGGCCCUCCGAAGCAUGCACUCGGGGUUCUGGACGAGAUUGAGAAGUUUAUCGCGUUGAAUGCGGAGGGACACACGGCCCUCCGUCUCUGGGUUAGCUCUCAAGACGUCCCCUACACCAGGCAAAAGUUCAAGGCGUACAGCCCCUUCGAUAUCAAACACGCCGUUAAGGCUGGAGUCAGCUGCUAUCUUUCCCGCGCUAUCAGUCACCUCACCGUCGUGCCACCCGAACGACGGGAGGCCAUCCUACACCAGCUGCUCGAUCGUGCAGAGAGCAAUUUCCUGUGGGCACAUCUCAUAGUCGUGGAGCUCAGCAAGACCUCUGACGUGGACGAGAUGGACCGGGUUCUGAGGGAAGGGCGUGCGGAGAACUUGGACCAAUACUAUGGAAAUUUUUUCAAGAAUUUAUUGAGCGACGGCAAAGCCUCGAAAUACAGCGACGUGUUCUCUCUGGUAACAUUUGCGAGGCGACCGCUCAGGAUCGGUGAGAUUCAGGAGGCCGUGGCGAUCCUCAAAAGCGAUGGUGAAGAACUCGACAGCCGGAAAAUGCCCUUCCCACCCAAGCUCUUCGAACUAUUCUCCCCUCUCAUCGAAGUACAGGAUGACCACUCCGUCAACACGCGUACAGACUCGUCUUCAUCUCGAACUACACGCGACUCGGAUGAUAUCGAUUUGGCAAAGUCAUGCCGGCUUUUUCAUUCUACGCUCUUCGACUUUUUGCGCAGACACGCGGAUCUUCUCUGUGGCGACGAGGCUAGUUCGAGUGACGAGGGGGGAAAGGAGAGUCAGACAUACACAGACUUUCGUGUUUGUCCGCUGCGAAUCGCAGACGCUUGUCUUCGAUAUCUCUCGCAGGCCAAAUACUCGCAGCUUCUGAGACGGCAGACGAACGGCUGGGUCGAUAGAGAUGGAUACCCCGUCUCAGAACAGCACUUCCUUACGUAUAGUGCGAAAAACUGGGAUAAGCACCUCGACCUAGUUCGUCCCGACGGCGAAGACUUUGUCUUCCCAUCUUUCGUUGCCUUUGCUGGCGCCUUGGCGAAAAUCGCGAUUCAAUACCAAGGACGUGUGCAAGAAUUCCUCAGCUCAUCCAACUUCCAGACCUGCAUUCAGGUGCAGAGCUUGUGGAUCGCUGGUUCGUUCAGCCCGUACCGAGUGCGCGGAGACUAUGCGCCGGGUCGCGUCUGGGUGCAGCGAAGUCUCCCGCGCUGGCUUGGAAUGAGCAAGUACGGCAGAGAUUACCAUCGCUUCUGGUGGGACUGGCACCUGUUCCUUUCUUGCGUCAACUGCGAUGAUCUGGCUUGUCCGUUCCGGGCGUGCAUGGGAGAAGUAGAUCGAUGCUGGUGGGGAUCCAUGGGGUCCUCCAAUUUCCUGUCGAGAUCGCAGAGCCGCUAUCACUCCUUCCGAUUCAGCUUGGCGGACGACGACGACAGCCAUGACGACGACGACGACGAGGAGGCAUCAGCGAUUCGUCUUGACUACCAGACUGCGCUUGCUACACGGGACGGUGUACAGGUUCUACGACUCAUCUCUGCCUCUGGUGGACAACUGAAAUUCACUCUGGAGACGUGGACAUACGGCGCGGACAUGUCUCCGACCUCUCCGAAAUCCCAGAGCUUCCAGGUCGACGAGACUUCUUGCAACGCGUCGUUAUAUGCUGCCAAUGGCACUAAUGGCACGAAAUCGUACAGGAUGUGCGGAAGCGGAGGUGCGCCUAUUGCUUCCUUCAGCGACGACGGCCAGUGCCUUCGCAUCGGCACACAGCUAUAUCUCGCCGACGACAGCAAUGAGUACCGCAUCUUUGCCAGCAUAGUCGCGCAGGAGGAAGAAUAUAUAGAGGAGAUCGCGGGAUACGAAGGUGUCGUGGCGAUUGCCAGCCGGCGAACCGCCUCCGCAGCCGCGGAUGAAGGUUGCAAUCCUACGCAAACGAACCAAGCUGCCUAUCCACAGAAGGAUGAUAGCGACAGCGACAGCGAGUGGGCGGAGACUGACGACGAGGACGUUUCCGAGUCAUCUAGCGUGUUCGAUGAUAAAGGAUACGAGACAUGGAGUGAAUGCUCCUCCGCAGAUGCCGGACCAGACAGUACCGAGGACGAGUCGGGCUCAGACUACGUGCACACCCCGGGUGAUCAAAGCGAAGCCGACAGCGACUCAUCCGACUCCGAGGUAGACAACAGCGACGAAGAGAUUCACGAUGACGCACAGCCAACGCAGGAUGAGGAUCGCGAUUCGGUUAGCAGCGGCGGUUAUGCAGACAGUGACGACGGUAUCGAUCCUUCAGCUUUCGCUUUCGGACAGGUUCGUCCGUAUGCGGACAAAGAUUUGUCCAGGCGCAAGAGGCGAAAUGGAACGAAGACUUCAAACGGCUCUACCUCUCCCGAAGAGAAGCAAGUCUCGAUCCGCGUCUUCACGUCUGAGGGGAGACUCUUCAAUUUCCGCAGGAAGAUCUCAUCCACCCUUUCUAACUCUCCCCCAGUCCUCCAUCCGAUCGAACCUCUUCUCGUUUGGCCUAUUGGAGGAUGGGAUGUCCUUUUCGCUGACUACGAGGAUAACACCUACUUCGUUCGUGAACUUGGCGCGACGUCUAGUAACGCGUCCAACCUCCUCAUGAAAUGUCGCUUCACAGAAGAUGGUCGCUAUCUCCGUGUCGCGGCUUUCGAAGGCCGCCAAGUACAGGCUCAACACCCGGAGGAGGACGCACAGACGCAUGUUACGAUGCUCGUGCACUCCUACCGGCUCUGCUCUCAGAAGCCUACACGAACACCACCGACCUUGGUCCAUACGUCUCGGAUCGAUCUUGGCGAAUUUGAACGCUCGCAGCUUUGCCCACGGCUACCUUGUACGCUAACAUGGACCAAUGAUCACGUAUACGUGACCUGGAGUGGACUGACACUUGUGGUGUACCGUAUCCCACUAUUCCACCAACAGGCACGCGACGUCUCCAACCUCGACAUGGAGGUGCGACACCCGAAGGAGACUAUACUCUUGCCAGCAAGCGCGAAAAACCGCGACGUCUUCUUUUUCCCAGCAGAGGCCACGCCCUUCGCGCAGGUUAUCAUCGGCGGUCCGGUUAUCAGGGAGAAAGUGGCAGUCCCGUCCGCAGGCGAUCUGACAACCCCUCUUGGGUGUCUCUUGCACCCGGAGGAUCACUUGGGCGGAUGGCUGACUGCGGAAAAUGCUGCAAAGAAGUCGCGGUACAGGGAGGCUGGCCAGUUCAACGUGCCCCUGGAGCAAUUUGAUCCUGACGUGGACUGUGUCCUGGAGCCUUUCCUCUGGCAGGGAUGA